CCACGAGCAGGCGCGCAGUGGCGUGCCAGCACCCGGGACGUUGGGAUGAGGUCGCGUGGCGUCGUGUUGGCGCAUAUUGGCUCGUGCGUUGGGUUGUGAAUAAGAAGGUGCUAAACUGUGAAGCUACCACGUGGAUGGGCGCGAGAGAGACCUGUUUGAUAUCCGUGGAUCGUCUGGUGACGCCCAGAGGAUUGCUGAAGGUCCGAUUCUCGUCAAACUGGUGUCGAGAUGUUCAACAAACUUCCGAAAUCGCAGCCCAUCACCAUUGAGUUCAAUGACCUCUCCUACACGGUGCCAGCGCCCAUGCAAAAGGGCAAGGUCAGGAAAGAUCGUCUGACGAUCCUGGACGGCGUGACGGGCGUGUUUCGGCCCGGUCAGCUCACCGCAAUCAUGGGGCCAUCGGGAGCGGGCAAAUCAACACUUCUCAACGUGCUCGCUGGCUACAAAGUUCGGGACGUCAAGGGCGACAUCCUGGUGAACGGCACCGCCAGGAGUCUGCAGACGUUCCGCAAGAUCCAGGCGUACAUCAUGCAGGACGACUUCCUGCUGCCCUACCUCAGUGUCGACGAGGCCAUGAUGGCAGCGGCCAACCUGAAGCUGGGGAGGGGGUUCAGCCACCAGAGCCGGCGCCAGGUGGUGGAUGACGUUCUGGAGACGCUGGGUCUGUCGUCGUGCCGCAACACCCAGUGUCUGCGGCUCUCCGGUGGUCAGAGGAAGCGACUCUCCAUCGCACUGGAGCUGCUCAAUAAUCCGCCCGUCAUGUUCUUCGAUGAGCCGACUAGCGGCCUGGACUCCAACUCGUGCUCCUCGUGCGUGGCGCUGCUGAAGACGCUGGCCGAGGGUGGCCGGACCAUCAUCUGCACCAUCCACCAGCCGUCCAGCCGGCUGUUCCAGCAGUUCGACCAGCUCUACAUCCUGGCCAGGGGCAGCUGCAUCUACCGCGGCGCCCGGGCCAAUCUGGUGCCGGCGCUGGCCGCAGCCGGACUCCAGUGCCCCGGCUUCCACAACCCGGCAGACUUCGUGAUGGAGGCGGCCAGCGGCGAGUAUGGAGAGUGGACGGACCGGCUGGUGGCAGCCAGUAAGAACGGCCGCUGCCUGACCUGGGAGAAGGUCACUGACCCGCCCGAGGUCACCGAGCCGACCCAGGUCGACCAGCACUGCCACACAGUCGAUGAGACCGACUUUGCAGUCGGGAAGAUGAACGGCCACGCCACUCCGCCUUCCAAAAACGGCACUCACCAGCUCCAGAACGGCUCAGCACAGGGGAAAAAACGGCGUGCAGCGAAACGGUCACCUACCCUCCGAGUCUCACAGCCCCCGUCCCCUAACGGCGAGUGUCCACACCCGGCCGAGCCGCCGCCCUACGAACCGGCCGCGGGGGCGGAGCUGAACGGCGCGUCGCUGCCCGCCGCCGGCGCGCCGGUGUCGUCUCAGGACGCUGACGGUGGUGAGGUGGGCUGUACGAGCCUUCUGCUGCGUCACAAACACCCUGCGCCGAUGUCUGAGCUGUGUCAGAGGCUGGACGAGGAUGUGGGCGGUCAGAGGCUGUACCAGCGGCUGGACUCGGGCAGGGAGCUCUACCGCACGUCCACAGUCACCCAGUUCAUGGUGCUGCUGAAGAGGACCUGCCAGUCCAUCGUGCGAGAUAGGAUGUUGACCAUGGCCCGCCUGGUGUCUCACAUAUUGUUCGGCGUCCUCAUCGGGAGCCUGUACUUCGACAUCGGAAACGAAGCCAAAGACGUGUACAACAACGCUGCUCAGCUGUUCUUUGCGCUCAUGUUCGUCCUGUUCAGCGCACUCAUGCCCACCAUUCUUACCUUUCCCUGUGAAAUGGCUGUGUUUAGGAAGGAAUACCUGAACUGCUGGUACUCGAUGAAGUCGUAUUACAUCGCCAAAACGCUAGCCGAUCUUCCAUUCCAGAUAGUGUUUCCGUUGAUAUAUGAUGUCAUCGUCUACUACAUGACGUCACAGCCGAACGAGCUGGGCCGCUUCCUGAUGUUCUGUCUGAUGACGGUGCUGACGUCACUGGUGGCUCAGAGCGUCGGCCUGGUCAUAGGUGCCUGCUGCGACAUCCAGCUGGCGGUGUUCCUUGGACCGGUGACGAUGAUCCCCAUCAUCCUGUUCUCUGGCUUCUUUCUCACUCUAAACGCCAUUCCCGUCUACCUGUCGUGGAUCUCGUACCUCUCCUAUGCGCGCUACAGCUUCGAGGGCCUCAUGCUGGCCGUCUACGGCAACGGCCGGGGCGACAUGCACUGCUCGCAGCCCUACUGCCACUUCAGGAGUCCGGAGAAAUUCCUCAAGGAGAUGGACAUGCUGGACUCGUCCUACUGGAUGGAUGUCGCCGUGCUGGCCGGUAUGACGGUCGGACUGCGACUGCUGGGCUACUUCGUCCUUCGCUGGAAGCUGAGAAUGGAACGCUGAGGCGGCUCCUUCGAGUUUCACCGUGAUGGACCGUGCGUACGUAACUAUGGCAAGUCAGUACGGCAUCAUAUUGGUCGACUGUAUCUUUGGUUCUUGUCUUGGCCUUCAAUUGGGAGGUGAAGAGGUAAGGUUUUCGGUUAUUACUGGUGUCAGAAGUGGAUUUAGUUGUUUUCUGUGCGUGUUUGUACGCAGCUGGAUGUCUCACUGCCGAGAAGAGAGGACGUGGGCAGGGGUGGGGUAGGGCUCUGGAGGCUGGGACCACUUAUUACAUGGCUACGGAGUAGCCUUACUCGUAACAGGGAAUGCGGUAGAACGAUAUGCUGGCUUUAUUGGAUGCAUGCGGAGCUCCGGAUAGUGAACUGCAAUGAUAUCUAUUUUGUACUGCCUUAGCGAGAAGAACGUAUGGCCGACGCUAGCAGAAUGACAAAGUUGAGCAUGAAUAUAUCGUAGUUUAGGAAUUCAUGCAACGAAGAACGUGAAGUGAGAAAACAAACUGUGAAUGUUGGUGCUGUAUACCGGCAAGAUGAUGUGCUCAACGGCUGGCCUUGCCUAUGGCGUCAUGUGCUGUGAAGCGUGACGGUGUUCGCCGGGUAGGUGUGGCUUCACUUGGCAACAUUGAUCCGCUUGCCGUUACCAGAUGGGAGUUUGUGCCAUAUAUCUUGCGAAGUGACUAUACCUUGUGGAAUUGGAUAUUUUUAUAUGGUUGUCCUUUCUCGUACCAGUUGUGGUGUUGCGAUAUUUGUGAACGUGUUAUUAUACCUUGCGUCGAUUACAACGUAUCUAGCGGCAUGAUCGGGAGUCGUUAUCAGAGCGUGCAAAUGUUGGGGUGGUUCAUGUACCUUCUUCUGAUAGGAUACUGUGGUCAGCUCAAGGAAUUUGUGUGCUAAUCAACUUUUGAGAGAUGUCCCUUGCAGAUUGCGGUAGAAUUCCCGAAUUUAAUCUGCUCACUUUACUCACUAAUUCACUAUCCAGUUGUCAUCUUAGCAAUUGUUUUCACUAAAAAUUGUACGUUUCAUUAAAUCAGCAAAUAAAAUCAAAACACUUCUGUUCACUUUUAUGUCUACUGAUUUUUUGUCCACCUGUGCCUCGGCUUUUUAUUUUGUAUUCCUAUCCUGUCUAUCUUGUAUCGUUCACACCGGUUGUCCAGCCGCGAGUUACCGGUCAGUGCCGCUGGCGCCACCUGUGCUCGGCUCCACGGCCGUUUACCGAGGCGGCGACACCGCUGUCCGUCUGUCUCCAGGGUGGUUGUGUCGAGCUGUGUCAUCCACACAUUCGACUUGGAUAGGAUAGGUAGUGACGUGCCACACUGCUCUGUUGAAAACUUGUACGGUUGUUCGUUGCCAUUGCGGUUGCCUGUUGCCACCAAAAUAGGCUGCACCGCCACCAACCCACAUCGAUUAGAUUUACAUACCACUGCUGUGAUAUUGCCACUGUACCAGUAAUCCAGUAGUCUAGCCACUGUGCCGGCGAUUUCGGUGCUCUAGCCUAAAGAUAGUUCAAUGUGGCAACUGUUGACGCAAGCCGCCCUUCGUUAGGGACCUGCGGAUCGCGCACUGCGUGCGCUUGUUUGGAUCCCGUUCACGUUACGGCGAUUGUUGAUAAAUAUCAGCUGGUACAACGAGUCCCGGAGUUGUUCUCGGCCCGCCAGUCAGCGCCCUAUGUCAUUUCCUGUUCGUGCUACGUUGUUGCUGAAAAUAAUUCCUCGUCAGUCGUGUCGUCGUUGUUGAAGAGAAGGAUAAUAUGCUCAUAUAUUCUAAGCUAGACUGGCGAUUGCUGUGUAUUUUGAAAGUCUCAAUCAGUACGAAUACGGGGCUCGGUCGUGCUUCAAAACUGAACCAUUAUAUAAGAUGCCCUCAACUUCGUAUAAAGAAACAAUGUUUUGAUAAUAUACAAUGGUUGAUGCCCUAUA